GCCCCCCGCCGAGGGGCAGCCCCGGGCCGGCCCGGGCCCCGCGCGCUCCCGGCCCGCGCGCCCUGGCCAGCUGGACUCGGCGUUCCGGGCUCGCUCCCCAGAGGCCUAGCCGCCGCCGCCGCGAGGGCGCGGGGCAGACAAAGGAGGCAGACAAAGGCGGGCGCAGCCGGGCAGCCGUGCGGGCAUCGGGCGAGGCGGGCCCACUCCUCCCGGUGGCGUGAAGGAUGACCACGCUCACGCGACAGGACCUCAACUUUGGCCAAGUGGUGGCGGACGUGCUCUGCGAGUUCCUGGAGGUGGCCGUACACCUAAUCCUCUACGUGCGCGAGGUCUACCCGGUGGGCAUCUUCCAGAAGCGUAAGAAGUACAACGUGCCCGUCCAGAUGUCCUGCCACCCAGAGCUGAACCAGUAUAUCCAGGACACGCUGCACUGUGUGAAGCCACUCCUGGAGAAGAAUGAUGUGGAGAAAGUGGUGGUGGUAAUUUUGGACAAAGAGCACCGCCCAGUGGAGAAAUUCGUCUUUGAAAUCACCCAGCCCCCGCUGCUGUCCAUCAGCUCAGACUCCCUGCUGUCUCAUGUGGAACAGCUUCUCCGAGCCUUCAUCCUGAAGAUCAGUGUGUGUGAUGCUGUCCUGGACCACAACCCCCCAGGCUGUACCUUCACAGUCUUGGUGCACACAAGGGAAGCCGCCACCCGAAACAUGGAGAAGAUCCAGGUCAUCAAGGACUUCCCCUGGAUCCUGGCAGAUGAGCAGGAUGUCCACAUGCAUGACCCCCGGCUGAUACCCCUAAAAACCAUGACGUCGGACAUAUUAAAGAUGCAGCUGUACGUGGAAGAACGAGCUCAUAAAAGCAGCUGAGGGUGUAUGCUCCCCAUGGAUGCCACAAUUUUUGGACUUUGGGGGCCCCCAGCCUAGGGGAGUGUUGCAGGGCCACCCUGAUUCCAAGUGCUCUUAUUGCCACUGUGUAUGGACCGCCCACCCUCCAGCCCGGGGCUGCUCAGGUCUGGUUGUCUUCAUGGAGUAAUUCUCCCCAGGAGGGAGGAAGGGUGCUGGGACCUCGAUUUCUCAGCCUUUUGGGGUUCAACUGGCCAACACUGUCUGUCUCAAAUAUCAUGCUGUGAGUUGUUUCAAUAAAGGGGCCCCAAGGGCUGACCUG